AUGGAGAAGGCUUGGGUGGAGGGCGCGUUGUUGGUAAAGGAAGACAAGCAGCAUUCUGGAAAACCUGCUUUCGUCAACUUCAAGAACGCAGUGUGGCACGCCUCGUUUCUGAAGAUUCUCGAAUGUCUGGGACCGCUAUCGGUUUGGUUCCGCCAUCAAAUGCUGGGACAAGUUAUUCGCGCCUUCUAUUCAAUUGUACUAAUACUAUCUGCAGAUUAUGAAGAACAGGCUGUAAUGGCAUUGAUUCGUGGGUUUAAUGGGCAAAUUUCCUUGUCCCGAACUAAGGCAUUGCUUGCUCGAGCGCGAGAAUCUUCUACAUUGGAGGCAAGAGAACAGAUCUUGAGUUCCCAGAGCCUCCGCGAUGUCGACAGUUCAUUCGGCAUUCUGGAGCACACCGACGUUCACAGGGCUCUAUCGCACGACAAGCUCCACUUCAACGACGAGGGAUUGUUCAGUGAUCACACGUGGCCCGAACUGCAGAAAUGGGUUGAACGUUUGGGUCGACAGGCCGCUGUCCAGAUUGACACCUUCUUUCAAUCAUUCCGCGUUGUUUCAGUAUCAUUUUCCGAUGGAACGAAAUAUGAAGACAUCUCUAAGCUUAUUGUAUUUGCGGCACAUAAUGUAUUUGACUGCGAUACAGAUCCAGAGGCAUAUCUCAUGCUCCGCUGUAUCCGAAGCUACACGGAGUUCAAUAUGUAUGCUUCGUUAGAGGUUCAUACUGAAGAUACCAUCAAUAAUGGCCGGGAAGCGUUGUCAAAAUUCACUGGAUUGAUGGAUAAAUACAUCGAGGACACGGCAGAGAUGUCCGAGAAGUCCUGGAAUUCCCCAAGAAACACCUUUCGGCCCAUCUCUUUGACGACAUUGAGGCGAAAGGUGUUUUCUCGAAACUACAGCACCAAGCCGAACGAAAAAAUGCACGGCCCAUUGAAAGAUGCCUAUCAAGAUCGCACGAAUUUCAAGAACUUCGCUGAACAGAUCCUCCGAUACAAUCAUGACAGCUUGAUUGCGGAAUACAUCCGCAACAAGUUGGAUCACCUCGACACUCAGAAUAUCAGCGUAGACCGACCCGAAUCACCCGAUACUACACUCCAGGAGACCGACAACUCAGAUGACAUUGAUGUUGACUCGACGGAACCUACUGAUGCCCAACAUUUCACUCUCGGUUCAAAGCGGGCGGCAAUGUCAUUCACACUCAUCGAGGCAGGUAGUCCGGGUAAUCCAGUGUUUGAUAGAUUUCGAAUCAAGCUAAACGACUUUCUGAACCAUGCGUUUGCUGCCAACGGCAUACCGUUUCCAGGUGGACGAUGGAUUCAACUCGUUGCGAGCGACAUGAUCGUGGAACAUCAAUUCCUUAGAGUCAAUUUCGAGUCACUUGUCGACUGGCGAGUGUCCACGGACUACCUUCGAUGCACUCUGAUGUUCCAUGGCUCACCGCAAUACAAUUGCGUCAUCUUGCAGACCGACACUGGCAUCAUCUUUGGCAAACUAAUGUUGAUUUUCACAUGCACAGUAGGGGAUGUUCAAUAUCCUGUCACGCUUGUUCUCCCGUAUGAUCGACCGGUCGGCGUUCGUCCUCAAAAGGACAAAGACUUUCAGUUUUGGCGCGUUAAGACAAAGCCUAGGGCUUCCGCAGAGUUUUUUUCAGUUCACUCGAUUAUUCGGGGUUGUUUGAUAGUAGAGGAUGCCAGCAGACCUGGCGAGUUUCUAGUCGUUGACACUAUUGACACUGAUAUGUUCCUUCGAAUGCAGGACAUCUGCAGCCAUCAUCGCUUUUUAUGUGUCCGAGUCAUCAUCAACCCCACCAAUUGCUUCACUCCUGCUCACCUUCCCCGUUGUGAUCGCAGUUCCCCGUGUCAUCCGCCGCAUGCUCAAAAUAUCCAAUUCGGACUCAGGUCUCGCCACAACAUUUAUUCCUCUGUUUCUCGCGCCACCUUUGAUCAUUGGCACAAUGUUCUGGAUGCUCGAAUGGUGACCGUCAACAGUGCUCCCCUCUCAGGCGAGGCUCGUAUAGCCCUAGGCAACACGAAGAAACACCUCGAAAAGUUAGAGCGUCUACUAGCUGAAUUUCAGGCUGCAACAGUCAACGGUGCUCCCCUCUCAGGCGAGGCUCGUCGUGUCAUCGAAGAAGAGGCACGUGUAGCCCAUGCUGAUAGACAGAGAGACGAGGCAGAAGCACGCAGGCGCGUUGUUCUCGAAUCUUACGACGAACUCAGCAAAUAUCUCGCCGCAAUCGAAUUCCUUAGAGAUCCAGGUGGCCAUCUCGUCUUGACACCCAUCCCAAAUCAAAUCCAGCACUAUCACAGCCCCUACUCUGCGAAUCCUAGUAUCACUGUAGAACCCCCACGUUUAUACAAUCAAUCUCACCAUCACUACACUUCAUCCCUCAGUUCUGGUGCUCUCCCUCCAGCCCUCCCCGCUCCCCCCUCCACUCGUGGUGUCCGUCCUCGCUCAGGCAGCUUCAAUGACACAUCUUAUCUCAUUGCACCCCUCCAGCCACCUUCCAAACAACCUCGCAAUGACCGUGGUGAAUAUGACCACAGGCCUCCACUCUCCGCUACAUCACGCGGUCGCAUUCCUGAUAUCGACCCCCUCCCCCAACAACUUCCUCAAAUUCAACACCAUAACCAUCACCUUAGCAUUCGCCCUACUCAUAAAUCUCACUCCUGA